CUAAAAUGGGUUCUCACUGUACCAUGCAGCCUUAACACAGACUCAUCUCCACUCCACUGCGGUUCACCGGCGGUAUGGACUCGAAGAAGAAGCAGGACGAGCAGAGCGACGUGUUCGCCGGUUUCCACGCGGCCUACAAAUCCUUUGCCACGGAGGCCAUUCAUGUCGGCCAGGAGCCGGAACAGUGGAAGUCUAUGGCUGUGGUGCCACUGAUUUCUCUUUCCACCACAUUCAAACAGCUGGGACCUGGUAACCACGCCGGGUUUGAAUACAGUCGCAGUGGAAAUCCCACAAGGAACUGCCUUGAGAAGGCAGUGGCAGCUCUGGAUGGAGCAAAAUACUCUCUUGCUUUCGCCUCGGGGCUGGCAGCUACAAUGACCAUCACUCACAUGCUCAAAGCUGGUGAUGGGAUCGUCUGCAUGGAUGAUGUGUAUGGAGGCACAAAUCGCUACUUCCAAAAAAUUGCCACUAACUUUGGUCUGGAGAUCUCUUUUGCCGAUUGUACAAAACCGGAGCUGCUUAAGGCGGCACUGAAGCCCAACACCAAACUGGUGUGGAUUGAGACGCCCACCAACCCCAUGAUGAAGGUGGUUGACAUUAGGGCCUGCUCUGAUUUGGUCCAUGAGCACAACAAAGACAUCAUCGUGGUUGUGGAUAACACCUUCAUGUCUGCCUAUUUUCAGCGCCCCCUGGCUUUGGGAGCAGAUAUUUGCAUGUAUUCAGCCACCAAAUAUAUGAACGGUCACAGUGAUGUGGUGAUGGGCCUGGCUUCAACGAACCGAGAGGACUGUUAUGAGCGACUGAAGUUUCUGCAAAAUGCAUUGGGUGGCGUACCAUCACCGUUUGACUGCUACAUGUGCAACCGUGGACUGAAGACGCUACACGUGCGGAUGGAGAGACACUUCAAGAACGCCAUGGCUGCUGCCAAGUUCCUCGAGGCUGAUCCCAGGGUGGACCGUGUCAUUUUCCCUGGCCUGCCCUCUCACCCGCAGCAUGAAGUGAUGAAGAAACAGUGCACCGGGUGUCCAGGGAUGAUCACCUUCUACAUUAAGGGGAAACUUGAACACGCCACCACCUUCCUCCAAAACCUCAAAAUGUUUGCAGUUGCCGAGAGUCUUGGAGGUUAUGAAAGUCUAGCUGAACAUCCGGCGAUUAUGACCCACGCAUCAGUGCCAGAGAACGAGCGUUGUGUGCUGGGGAUCAGCGACACGCUGAUCAGACUCUCUGUGGGACUGGAGGAUGAGGCAGACAUUAUUGAAGACCUGGAGCAGGCGCUUGGUGCAGCUCAUCCACAGAAGAAUUGAAAUGACCUUGAGGCCCCCUCACUAAGGUUGAAUCGGUCGAAGUCAGGAUCAUCACUGCAGGCACCUGAAGUCCGCCACCAUCGCAGAUGAGCACACGGCAAAACCUCAGUCCAGCGCACAAACAUAGUCCAUCAGCUGUAUACAUACAAAUCAUAUCUCUGAAUCAUUUACAUGAUUUGCAAUGGAAUCUUUUUAUUGGUUAUUCUACUAGAACACAAGUUUUAAUCUUAUUUAUCUUAUGCUGGUUUUGUACGUUUGUAUGCCUUUUCUUUCAAUUUGAAAUGCUUUAGUGGGUUUAAGUGCUGUCCAGCAAGGUUGUUUUUUACUUUGUUAUUUCAAUGACAUGUUGUGUCGGAGACCAAUAAAGCUUUCAAAGAGGUGCUUUUUAAA